AUCUUCAAAGAACAAUCAGUUCAGCAUGGAACUGAAAAAUGGGAUGUCGCAAUAAUGAGAGGUUUUGGAAACACUGGAUCACACUUUGCCAUAGCCAUACUAGAUAAGGAAAACAAUGAAUUAGCAUAUGGAGAUUCACUCGGAUGGUCUUCACAUUCACAACAUGGUCAUUGAUGCUCCACGAGGUGCUCGUUGCAUUUCUCACUCCAGAAAGAUGGUAAUAUUUGUGGCGUGGUGGCAGCUGAGAAUUUUUCCAGUUUGUCUUCAGCUGUAAAAGGAAACAAGAAGAUACAGAAUCAAGGCUGUUCUUUUCUAAUCCAACAAAGUAUGACAAGUACCUCCACCAGGUUUUGGCAGCAUGGCUUGCAGAGGACUAUGUUUCGAUGAAAUAUCUUGUUUCAUCAGAUGUUUUGACGGGCAAAUUGCCCUACAUCCCAAUGGAUACAAUGGAAGAACAGGAAGAGCAGAGUGACAUCAUUCUGGUUGAAUUUGACGCCCAAACUGCUUCUUUGGACACAGGACUUCAAGGAAUUCCUCAUGCAUCAACAGAAACGAGUAACCAAUUGUCUUUCCUACCAAUGGCGAAUGAUCUACCUGCAGCUGCAAUUAAGUAAAGUCUACCUGCGAGAAAAAAGAACAAUCAAAAAGUGUAAAUUCCCAAGCCAAAAUAGAAUGUACACAUUGCAUGUUUUCAACAAACAAGCGGGGUAACCUUAAAAGACGUGUACAGGAAACAUGGAGAAGAAGCAGUCAGAUCGGUUGAGAAUGGUGCCUGCCUUUGCUUAGAGUGUGGACAUAGAUAUUUUCUGAUAAAAGAUCUUCGUACACAUCUAACAGAAAAACAUGACUACAUUUUCAGAAUAACAAUGAAAGAGUUCCAGUCACUCAAAGGUAAGAAAGUAUUCACUUUUCUGCUAUUUUCUGGUUGUGUAUUUUUGAAUUCUACCUUUUCUGUUUAAUUUUUAUUGAUAAUCUUUGUUUGGUACACAGCUCAAAUCCUAAGUCGGUGCUAUUCAAGAAUGUCUAUGCUUUUACCUUUAAUCCAUUUCAACUGAGGAUAACUGAUAGGUAAUAUUUCAUUAUAGAACAGCAUUAAUGUAUUGACUCAAUUCUUUCAGCAAAGUUGUACUGUAGAAGUGUGUAGAAUGAUAUUUUUAUGAUCUACUUUUUACCUAAAAAUUCCAUGAGUGGAUAGCCGAAAAAAAAGAAGAGGAACAAACAUCGUUCAGAGCAUACGGACGUGGAAAGAACAAGCUAGGCCAGACGGUCGAAUACUUCCAGUGUAAUCGUUCUGGAGUUUUCAAAUCCCGAGUCGACAAGGAGAAGAGGCACAGACAUUCAAAGGCAGGAGGUUCUUGUAGAAUGGACAGAAACUGCACCUGUACGAUGAGAGUUACUGAAGAUCCAUCAAAACGCAAAUUUGUUAAGUUCUGCCUAUCCCACUAUGGUCAUCAGAGAUCUUUGCAGUACCUUUGGCUGUCAAAGAAAGAGAAAGAAGAAAUCGCAGCAAAAUUGAAGCAAGGAGUUUCGAAAGAAAAGGUGUUGGAUGCGGGAAAACAUCAGUGCAAUUUUUUCUAGGGAUCAUUUAAUCGACAAACAGGAUUUGGCAAAUAUUAGAAGAGCAUUUGGAAUCGAUGAAGUGGAGCGGCAUCCAAACGACAUGACGAGUGUAUUAUCUUGGAUACAAGAAUGGCAGAGCAGUGAUAAAAACCCCAUCCUCUAUUAUAAAUUGCAAGGUGAUGCUGAUCCACAAGGAAAUCUAGCAGAAGAAGAUUUUGCAAUAGUCAUUCAAACGGAAUUCCAACAACAUCAAAUGAGGAAGUUUGCAGGCAAAGGAAUAUGUUGCCACUGAACUCACGGGACAACUGGUUACGAUUUCAAGCUAACAUCACUAUUAAUUGUUGAUGAAUAUGGCGAGGAAUUUCCAGUUGCUUGGUGCCUUUCAAACCGAGAAGACUUCUGUACCAUGAAGAUGUUCUGCGAGCAAGUUAAACAGAAGACAGGCAAUUUGGCUCCUACCUGGUUCAUGUCUGACAUAGCACCCCAGUUUUGUAAAGCAUUUAGCACAGUUUAUCAGUGCACACCUCGGCAACUGUAUUGCACUUGGCAUGUUGAUAAAACGUGGCAAGAGCAACUUCGUAGCAAAAUAAAAGAUUUUGAGAUUGAGUCUCAAGUUUAUACACAACUCAGGAUUGUGCUGGAGCAAACAGAUGAAAGAAGAUUCCACAACUACCUCUCUCUUCUCUGUGAACGCCUGCACAAUUCAAGUGCAACAAAGGAAUUUGGAGACUAUUUUGAUAGCCAUUUGGUAAGUUAUGCCAGUCGUUGGGACUACUCCUUUUGCUGUGGCCUUGGAAUCAACACCAACAUGUUUUGUGAGGCUUUUCACAGGGUAUUCAAAUAUAACUAUCUUAAAGGAAAACAAAACAGAAGAGUUGAUAAAUGCCUUGUAAACCUAAUGAAAUACAGCAGAGACAAGAAUUUUGAAAGAAUCAUAAAGCUGUCUAAGGGAAAGGUGACACAGCGACUAAAAAUGAUCCAGGAAUGUCAUCAAACAAGUCUCCACCUUAGCUUUGCAAACAUAACAACAGAUUCUGAUACCGAGUGGCAUGUCAGUUCUGAAACUGAAGGGCGAACAUACGAUGUCAGACUUACAGACCAGGUAUUAUACUUACCUUCAAAUUUGAAGUUUUUGAUCACUUCUUAAUUUUGAACUGUUAAUUUUGAACUUUGUAAAUUUGAACCUUUUAAUUUUGAAUUUUACUUUAAAAUGAAAAUUUUUUGCUAGGCUAUUGCAAAAUUGUUAAGUUUGUGUUAAAAAUUUGCAAUUACAUUUCUAUCUAGUAGUUAGAAAAGAGGGCUCAGGGGAAGACUAGUUGUUAGAUUACCCUGGUUCAUCCUCUAAAAAUAAAGUUUUUCGAUCUAUUUAUCUACCUAUCUAUCUAUCUAUCUACCCAGGUAUGUUCAGAUUCCACAUGUGCACUUCAGUGUGUUGAGUGUAAAGUAUGCGUCCACACAUACUCAUGUACAUGCAUUGAUUUUCUGCUUUAUUGCACAAUAUGCAAGCAUAUCGAUUUAGUACAACGCCAGAGGCAACGUCUGGGAACAACAAGCCAAUCAGAGGAAGCAUUGGAAAGCAUAACAGCAGCCAAAUAUGCAGAUGAUGUUGAAGAAUUGACGGAGCUGACUCAAAUGUUUCAAAAACAGUUAUGGGUCCACUACGGAAAGAGCCAAAGACUUGCUAGAUUCAAUAAUUGGAACUGUUGAGGAUAGUGACUAUAGACAUACAGAGGCCAUCCAGCAUCUGAUAAGGUGUGGAAUUGCACUUAAAAAGACCAUUAUUUCCAUGAAGAAAGUAUCCAAUGUGGUGCAGCUUGAGCCAAAAAUCAAAGCAAACAACAAAAAUAUUGAGAAGCGACAAAAAUUCUUUGCAACAACGAAGAGGAGAAAAAAGGGAAACUUCCGCUUUGCAAAACCCAUUGAUGAUGAUAAAGAAAAGUUUGAGACAAACGAGGAAUUCACAGUGGCAAUUUCAGAAAAAAAUGAUGACAAGAGCACUGCACAGCAGAACAAUAGGACUGACACCAUAAAAGUUUCAAAGAGUUCUUUAGAAGCUGGGAGUCAGAAACAUCACACUGGCUGGAAAAUCAAUUGAUAGGAAAAUUGAUGUUGGUGAUAUUGUGUCAACUGAUGAUUUUCCGGACCCGUCACUUGUCAACUUCAACAUUGAAUCUAUAAGGCCGAUGUUUACUGAGGAGGCAUGGGAAAAGGUGGAAAUGAUGUGUGAAAAACUGAAUAAAGAAUGGACAUGUUCUGUCUGCAACACGCCACAGUACGCUUAAAUGUUUAUGUGUGAUCUCUGUAUGAAGCAUGGUAUCAUUGGGAAGAUGGCAACGGCUGAUGCUAAAAGUCGAGACUUUGGUAUGGACUUCAAUGAUUUUCUGGAGUGGAACCAAGAAAGGCUGAAAAAUUUUUUAAAAGUGCGGGGCAAGUCAACAACUGGCAAUAAAAAGGAUUUGGCUGCAAGAGCAUUAGUUGCAUUUGAAAAUGGUGAGCCUGUUACACAAAGUGCAGAAGAUAGCGCACAGAAGUUGGAAAAAGAGUACAACGAGUUACUAGAGAAGUCUACCAUACAAGACCCACUGAAAAUUCCAAACCAUUUAUGGUCCACUGAUGUAAAAAAAUGGCCUAAUCUAAAUCUUGGGCAAAUUUUUCAAUAUGUUAUUGACAAUAAAGCCUUCGAAGGCAACUAUAUUGGCCAAUACAAAGCACGAAAGGCCUAUUCAUAUUUCCAGAGUGGACACGUGCAGCAAAUAUAUCAAUAUAUGAUAAAUGAUGAACAAAUGUUCUUCAAGGCAUGUGUUGUCCCAUCAAUGAGGGUGAAUGAGAGACCAAGAGAAGGCUGGAUUCUCUUUUCAAAACACAAUGGUGUUUUAACAGCCCACUGUACGUGCAUAGCUGGUUGCUCUAAAUCUUGCAACCAUAUUAUAUCCAUUCUGUAUAAGGUGAAUUUUGCAUGCGAGCAUGGCUUAAACAGUCCAUCGUGCACUGAAGUAGCAUGUAAAUUUAAUGAUAAAACGAGGUAUGAUAUUGAGCCAAAGAAGGUUGUUGAUCUACCAAUAGUCAAACAUGACAUAAUGAACAAGGAUCCAAAAUAUCAAAUAAUGAAUCAAGAGAAGUCAAAUUUUGAUCCACGUCUUCGUCAUCAAACCAUAGAAGAGUCUGACAGUGCAGUUAGAAUUCAAACAUUUUUAGAAAAAAUUCGAAAAUGUGCACCAAAUGCUGCAGUUUUGCUGAACUUUCCAGUUGAUGAAGAAAAUGACUGCCCUCCACCAAUCACUGAAAUUGCAGAGCAAGUUAAAUCAACAGCCGGUCUGUCAGAAGUUGCCAUGCUAGAAGACUUUAUGAAUAAGAUCUCAUUCAGGGAUAGUCAGUUAGGUGAACUUGAAAAGCUCACAAAGGGGCAAGCAGAUAACAAAAUGUGGACAGUUCAAAGAACAGGACGAAUUACUGCUUCAAACUUUCAUGAUGUGAAGACCAAGAUGAAAGAAAUACUUGCAUCAAGAAGCUCUGUUAAGCCAGCUACAACUCCUCUUUUGGUAAAACUGACUCAAGCCACAAAAAUUGACAACAUUGAUGCGAUAAAAUGGGGGAAGCAAAAUGAGAACAAUGCCAGAGAGGCAUUUUUCCAAGCCAUUGCAGCAGAGCACAAAUCCCCAAAGUUAAGAAUGUGUGGACUCAAAGCUUUUAAGAGUGCACCUUUCCUUGCUGCCAGUGCUGACAACAUAUUUUCUUGUGCCUGUUGUGAAGUGGCAUGUGUGGAGUACAAAUGUCCAUAUUCUAUAAGAAACUACUGCGUUAGUGAUAAGUGGCAAGAUCUACCAUACUUGAAGCAAGAGGCUGUAAUUUUGCACUUAAACAAGAGUCAUAAGUACUACACUCAGGUACAAGGUCAGAUGGCUGCAAAUGAUUGCAAACAUUCAUAUUUUGUUGUAUUUACAACAGUUGGCAGACCCCUUGUACUCAAUGUGGUAUUUGAUCCUAGUUUCUGGAAUUUACUCUACCCAGACCUUGUUUUGUUUUUCAAACUUUAUGUUGCAAAGGUUUUGCUGGGGAUUAGAGAAAUUAAGUUUUGUGCUGUAUGUCAUAAACACAUUCUUGAGCAAAAUGAGAUUGCUCAAAGUGGUUGCCAGAGCAAUGAUCAGGUACACUGCAGCAAAAGUUCCUUGACAUUUCACAAAAGCUGCUGUAAAAAUUACAGUCUGAUGUCCUUUUGGGUUUGUGACGACUGUGGUGUUUAAAGAAACAGGCAAAGAGAACACUCAGUGUUAGAAGAAACAAUUAAAAAACCUAAUGACACAAAAUGAUUAUUAAUUAUUUGAUAUGAUAAUGUUAAGUGAAGCAUUAAAAAAGUCAAACAUUCUUUUGUCUUAAACCUUCACAGAAACCCUUUGACCAUGAACUGUGAUAGAAUGAUUGUAUUUAUAAAUAAUAAACUUUUCACAAAUGCAAUGAAUAACUUUUUCAAUGAAUUUCAAGUGGUCUUAAUGGCACUCAAAUGCACUUAGAAUAUCAACAAAACCAAAAACAAACAAUUAAUAUUCAUGGGCACAUUACUCCUUUAAAAAUUCAAAACUCAAAAUUAUAAUUUUGCUUUUAAAAAAGGAAGUAUGGGAAG